GUUCAAUCACUACUUGUUGUCUUGAUGACUAAGCUGUCAAAAUUUUCCUGCAUGUUGCCCCUUUCUUGCUUUAUGCAUAUUCUAAGCUGUUAAUUUUUUCCUGAAUUUUGCUUCUUUCUUGCUUCAUGCAAAUUGUUCUCUAUUGUUAAUUAUUGUUUCUCUUGUGCACUUUUGUUAGGAGUUGGCUUAUUUAUUUAUUUAUUUAUUUUUGCAUUUGUCUGGAAUUGUUUAGUUUGUUUACUCUACACCUAUUUCAAUGAUUUAAAAAUUUUAGGGGGUUUUGUGACAGACGUCCAAAGUUUAAGCAGGUUUUGUGAAAUUCACCUAUUUCCUAUAAUAACAACAUAAUAGUACAAUUUUUUGUUUUGUACAAUUGCAAGUGGUUUUCUCUGUCAUUAGGUAUGCACUUGUCUUGAUUGCUAUGUGCAACGUAUGAGAUCUCAUUGGAAGAUAUAUACCUCUAAUAGAAUGUCUUAAGGAUAAAAUCAAGGAAAGGCCUGAUGGCUGUAAUUCUUUCUCGUUUCUUACUAAUUCUGGCAUUCUACCUUACUGCAAAAUAUGGAGACCAAGGUUGGAUGAUACUGUUGACAUCUUUCUUAAAUGGUCACCUUACAGUCUGUGUUAUGACUGAAGCACCCACAUGUUACAAGGGACCUGAGCAGAAUGCACUUGGAAAUCUGCUUGUCACUUUUCUUCUUGCUGGUAUAUUCUCAGGAGUUGUACUUGACUGGCUGUGGCUCAUUGAUAAAGGCUGGUGAUGAUGAUGUAGUGGCUUAAAUAUUUCAAAUUUCUGAGCAUUAAAAAAAGUAUUUCUCAUUUUUGUAGUUUAAAGGGUUAUUUUCAGUAGCUCCUUUUACUUGUAUUCAGGUGAGUAGUUCCUCAAUUGAAUAUACACUGAAAGAUGGUUCUUAAUGGGAUUGAACCAUCAUUCAUACUUCUGUUUCACUUGUAUUUUCUCAUAAACUUUGAAAUCAUAGUUUGCAAAUGGAGUUUGUUUAGAAUAUCUAAACUCUCAUUUCCCCCUUGAAUAUCUAAACUCUCAUUUUCUUUGGAAUCAGGAAUAUGAUAUUGCCUUAUUUUAUGCAUUUCACUCAUAAUUUGCAAAUGGAGUUUGUUUAGCUUGUAGUUUGCACCCCAUCUAAUUUGGCAUUAUGGUUAUUAUCUAAGGGAUGUUUUAGUUUGACAUAUGAUAGAAACUCUUGCUAUUAUAAAUCAGUCAUCUUAUUAAUUACUUUAGUAUGAUUUCUAUGUCUUGUUUCCUCUAUUAGAAAGUUAUAGUUUUGUUUUUAGUUGUAUAAGUAAUACUACCACUAUUUGAUAAUGAUUAGAAUUCGUGUAUUGCAUGUAUUGCAUAGAAUCACUUAUUGUAUUGUUUAUUCAUCUUGAGAUUCAAAUAGAUGAAUGUUACAUUCUUUUGUAUUUUGACCAUUCUAAUUGUUUGAUAAUAAAUAGUGAGAAGAUGUACCAUAAGGUCCAUAACAAAGCGCCUACCGUUCAGAGGUCUA